AUGCUCGACGUGGACGAACGCCAAGUCGGGAUCGGCCAAGUGUCGGUUUGUCUUACCAUGAGCGUUCUAUCGAAUGCGGAUCCGCCAAAAGCAAAGAAGGGAAAAAAACUCGGCAUCCCCCCCAAAGUCAACGUGUUCGUCCAGUCAAAACUCAGGCCGUCCAUCCAUCUCGACUCGGACGACUCCAACAGGGCGGGUUCAACACCCCAACGGCGAACCCUCAUCUUUCCGCUUGGUGUGUGUGUGCGCGAGGAUGAGACUCAACAACAACAGAUGGAGAGAGGAAAAUUCCCUCAAAAGAUGCCAUCUUUCGUGACAUCCCGAUGCUAG